AUGUCAGGUAGAGUUAUACAAAUACUGUUGUUGAUAGUAUUAAUGUUGACAAUCACUACAAGAUAUUGUUGGGCUAAUGCAUCAGCAAAGACAUUGAGAAUAGCAACUUCAACAGCAACAUCAACAUCAUUCAAUCAACAACAUUAUCAUUCAUUGUUUGCUUCAACCAAUAACAUAAUGUCAUUACAACAACAGUAUUGCUCUCUUAGUAAACAGAAGUGCAAGCCAUGUGAGGGAGGAGAUGUACAUAGACAAACACUUGAGCAGGCCAAAGACAUGUUGACACAGUUGAACAAAGAGUGGAAGUUGAUAGAGUCAGAACCAAACAAGAUAUAUAGGAGGUGGAGAAUGCCAUUCCCCAAGGGUGUUGAGUUCAUCAAUGAGAUUACAACAGUGGCCGAGGAGGAAGGUCAUCAUCCAGAUGUGUCAAUUAAGUCGUAUUGGAAUGUUGAGGUGGAGUUGUACACACAUGCACUCAAUGGUCUGUCUGAGAAUGACUUCAUUCUAGCCAGCAAGAUAGAUGAACUACCUCUAGCAAGCUAUGUUCCACCAACCAGAAAGAAGGCAGCAGCAGCUCAACCUUCUCCACAG